GCAAAGAAACGGGUGGACGAGAGACGUAAUAAAUGCGAAACAUAGCGCUAAAAAUAUAAGCAAUGAAGUCAUAUACACAAGCAGUGUGAAAAAUACGGCAGCAGAACGGAGAGUUCACGAAAGAGAGUGUUUGUAGCCAGUGCGUGUUUUGUGGUUUCGUGUUGACUUACAAUUUGGCUGUAUUUGCACUUUUUCGCGUUUGAGCCUUUUGCUGGAAAUCGAGUGCUUAUCAUUGUUGCCAUCCGCAUCCGCACGACUGUACCAAAGUCGUGAACUUCGAAUUUGAAGAUCUACAUCGUUCUGGAAGGAAGUUCGAACUAGGAACGCUGAUAAAGAGAUGAGUAAAGACGGACCGCCACCUUAUGGAUUCGUGCUCCCUCAGUCCGCUCCACCGAGCUAUGCUCAAGCAGUGGGAGGAGUUCCACCGUCCAGCCCCUUCACACCACAGGCACCAGUUCUGAACGGGGCCCAGAUUGUCACCACCGUAGUACCAAUUGGACCGCAAUCAACGCACAUGAUAUGUCCUAGCUGUCAUGCGGAGAUCAACACGCAAACGACGACGUCGCCGGGAAUGAUUGCUUACGUGUCGGGUUUCCUAAUUGCUUUGGUUGGAUGCUGGCUCGGGUGCUGCUUAAUACCAUGCUGCAUUGACGAAUGUAUGGACGUUCAUCAUACAUGCCCUCAUUGUAAAGCCUAUCUGGGACGACAUCGGCGAUAAGCUGAUAGAAAUCGCGGCUGGCGCGAUUGAGAUGAAAAGUGUACGCCAAUAUUAAGUACCCAUCGGUCUGUGCGAACAGAACAGAGUACGUUGUGUGUGCUUAACGAUUCCACGUCAUCCACCAUGCUUCGAAUCGACUCUCAGUGUUCCCUUGCGCUCUUAGGACUACCACUACGCGAAUUCAUUCACUGCAUCACUAUGCAGCCAGCAACCUUACGACACAUGAAUCUCGAGUGAUGCAUGCUGCAUGACCUGCAUCGGAAUCCUUUUAAUGCCCUAAAUGUGUGUAACGCAAGAUUUAAGACGUGUUAACAUUUUAAACAACCAACAGAUACAAAAUCUACUGCAAGUUGACUAAUGUAAUGUUUCCGAAACAAGUUUUGUAGCUGAUCACCCUUACGUACCUCUACCGAGCAUGUUCGGUAGUCUGUUUUCUCCGAAUGGUCAUAGUUUACAAUCAUAUUUCUUCCGUUUUCAAGAAUCGAGACAUACAGUUUUGACACACAACUAACAUGAGCCAUUCGAUCGUUGUUGUUGAGUUGGUGCUUUUGUGCCAUGGUACAGGAUAUGCCGAUGAUCACGUGCUAGUUAUUCUAGCUUAUUUGAGGUUAUAGUUAACAAGAAAAAAACGAGGCAUGAUUAUUCAAACAGCUAUUUUUCUUAAUUGAACUCCACACCCAUGAAUCCUCUUCAACUCUAGAACAUUGAUAUCUAAUAAACCAAAAUGAUAU